AUGCACCGCGUUUGCAGCAAUAUUAUCCAAGCUCUUCUUCACAUGGGUCACACCACUCAUGGUGUAUGGCUACGUGGUAUGUUUUUCACGAGGGUGCUUGUUCGUUCAACAUCGUUUCAGACGUGCCGUCAGCUCGAGUGGCUGGACCUGUUUCGUCUGCCCGGAACCCUCAAUACGGCCCAGCUCUGCGCCCAAUUUAGCGCACGCCUUCGGAACACUUAUGGGUGGCGAUUUUAUCCACUGGGAAUUUUGCGUUUCCUGGCGGACAUGUCCAAGUUUGUGGGCCCCAUCGUCUUGCAUGAUUUUUUGGAUUUGAUUGAGAGUCCAACGGGAGACACGCAUAAAGCCUUCCUCUAUGCAGGCAUCAUGUGUGUGGCUUUUGGCGUCGGCGCGCUGUGCGAUGUGCAUUACAAUCUGCGGGUAUCCAAAGUUCAAGUGGCAGUCGGUGCAGCCGUCAUGUCCUCCGUGUUUGGCAAGGCCCUAAAGGAAUUCGGCACCACCGGUGCCGUCAUGAACCUAAUGUCCACAGAUUGUGACCGCAUCAUCAAUUUUUGCAACAGCUUUCACGCUUUCUGGAGCCUGCCGUGUCAAAUUGCCCUCGCUCUUUACCUUCUUUAUCGACAGGUGGGCCUAGCCUUUGUCGCAGGCUUGGCGUUUGCCAUUUUGAUGAUUCCAUUCAACAAGUACAUCAUGGAUCGCGUGGGUGUGUUAAGCAAGGAAAUGAUGACGCACAAGGAUGCACGCGUGGCCUUGAUGAAUGAGAUUUUGGCUGGGAUUCGCGUGGUCAAGGCUUUUGCUUGGGAAGACUCUUUUAUUGCUCGCAUCGAUGCUGUCCGCGCCCUCGAGCUCAAAGCAUUGAAGGGUCGAAAGUACCUUGAUGCCGUUUGCGUCUAUCUCUGGGCCACCACUCCGAUUUUGAUUUCCAUUCUGACUUUUACCACCUAUGUGCUCUUGGGUCAUGAGCUGACCGCGGCCAAGGUCUUCACGAGCUUGUCAUUGUUCAACAUUCUGAUUGGUCCGCUCAAUGCCUUUCCUUGGGUCCUAAAUGGGCUCAUGGAAGCAUACGUCUCACUCAAGCGCGUCGAGCUUUUUGUGCGCCUGCCGCUCGUCGAGUCAGCCCAUGACACUCGGACGGGGCUGGGCGUGCUGGCUCCUGCCGAGCCUGGCCAAGGGUCCCGUCCACCUCGACCUCAUCUGCGUUUGACCAAUGCCACCUUCAAGUGGGCCCCUCACGAUGCAUACGCGCUGCGCGUGCCAUUGUUCGAGGUGCAGCCAGGGGAGCUAGUGGUCAUCACUGGGGCUACAGGCGGCGGCAAAACAGCCUUACUCCAUGCUCUGAUGCGCGAGAUGCCCUGUACACAGGGUGAGCGUGAGUACACGCUUGCGCUGUUGGACACAGGUCUCGCGUACGCCAGUCAGCAGGCUUGGAUCAGUCAUGGCACGUUGCGAGACAACAUUCUGUGCCUGCAGGAAUACGAGCCCGAACGUUACGCCCAGGUGGUACAGGCUUGCUGUUUGCUCAAGGACUUUGAGCAGAUGCCGCGCGGUGACUUGACUGAGGUGGGCAGCGAGGGUCACAGCUUGAGUGGCGGACAAAAGGCUCGAGUGGGCCUUGCUCGUGCAGCCUACCAGCGACGCUCAUUGUACCUGCUUGAUGACCCCUUGGCGGCACUGGAUCCCGCUGUGGCAAGUGAGGUGCUGGAGCGCUGCAUCUUGGGACGCCUUCGAGAGCAUGGCUGCGUGUUGUGCACGCACAGCGAGGCUGCCAUGGCAGCAGCCGACCGUCUCUUUGUGUCAGGAGCUGACAACAGCGCCGACGAUGCCCACCUUCCAGAUACCAGGUCGGCCACCAGUCCAACGGCGGCAGAUGAGGGCCAGGGAGCGGAGCUGACGGGCACAGGCAAGCUGCUUGAGGAGGAAAAACGUCUGCUGGGCACCGUUGCGCUGGUCGUGUACGGCAAGUACUGGCAGGCGAUCGGGACUUUUUUGGGCGUGACAGUGUUACUGGCCAUGCUGUUUAUGCAGUCAUCACGCAACCUGGCUGAUUGGUGGCUCUCGGUCUGGGUUUCGCGGGCCCAUACCGCGUCCAACAGCACCCAAGGGACCAACGUCUCGCUGUCACUACCUGGUCAAGCUGCAAACGCGAGUACUGCAGCCACGGACAUGACCUUUUAUCUAGGCAUUUAUGGGGGCAUUUCUGGUGCCAACACACUGUUCACGCUGUGGCGAGCAUUUGCGUUUGCGUAUGCUGGUGUCGUGGCGGCGCGGGUGCUACACUCACGCAUGCUGCGCCGCGUGCUGGGGGCACGGGUGCGGUUCUUUGACACGAAUCCAUUGGGUCGCUUGGUCAAUCGCUUCAGCAGUGAUGUUUACGGCGUGGAUGAUUCGCUGCCAUUUAUGCUGAACAUCUUGCUGGCGCAAUUGUUUUCGGCGGUUGGAACCCUGGUGGUCAUGUGUUUUAGUGAGCCAUACAUGUUGCUGGUGUUGCUGCCGUUGGCGGGUAUGUAUUACACGGUGCAAAAGUACUAUCGACAAACGUCGCGGGAGAUUAAGCGCCUCAACUCCAUGUCACGCAGCCCCAUUUAUGCACACUUUGAGGAGUCGCUCAAGGGGUGCACGACGAUUCGAGCGCUACAGCUGCGGCCUGCGGUGACGGACGUAGCUGUGCGCAACAUGGAAAGCUAUCAGGUUGCCUCUUAUAAUGAGGCAGCCAUUUCAUGCUGGUUGUCAAUGCUUUUGCAGACGCUGGGAUUGGCUAUUUUGGCCGGCAUUGCUUUUUUGGCCGCCGCGCGCCAUCAAUUUGGUACAGCCGACGCAGGGCUGGUGGGGCUGGGGAUCUCGUAUAGCUUUAGCAUUACCGGCAUCCUGCAAGGCCUGGUAUCUGCGUUCACCGAGACGGAGAAGGAAAUGAUUGCCGUCGAACGAGUUACCGAGUAUGACGAUGUAGUAGCGGAGAGGCUUGGGCCCCAGGCUGUGACAGGUGCUGGCUCAGUUGGAACAACCAAGGUCCCGCAUGGGCGGCCGGAAUCGAAGCAGCUGCCGUCACCAGCUUGGCCCGAGGCCGGAAGCUUGGAGUUCCGAGGUGUUUGUUUACGAUAUGCACCCAACCUGGCACUCAGUUUGCGCGAUGUGAGCUUUGUGGUGCCGGCUGGGGCCAAGGUGGGCAUCUGUGGGCGCACGGGUGCGGGUAAGAGCUCACUCUUUCAGGUUUUGCUGCGCAUGACGGAGAUUGAGGCUGGUCGCGUUCUGGUGGAUGGGGUGAACAUCAGUGGAGUGCCGCUGCGGGUGUUGCGGCGCCGGGUGGCCACCAUCCCACAAGACCCGGUAUUGUUCACGGGCACAGUGCGCAGCAAUCUGGACCCCUUUGGUGAGUUUGAUGACGCAGCACUGUGGCUGGCAUUGGAACAGUGUCACUUGCUGGCGUAUGUGCGAGGCCUGCGACGGGGGCUCGAGGCUCGGGUUGAGGAAAACGGGCGCAACUUUAGCGUGGGGAUGCGCCAGUUGCUGUGCCUAGGCCGGGCCUUGCUGCGCCGUUGCAAGGUGGUCUGCAUCGAUGAGGCCACAGCGAGCGUGGAUCAGGCGACCGACCAGCUGGUACAGGGCACGAUUCGAAGUGCCUUUGCAAGUGCGACGGUGCUCACAGUGGCCCAUCGCCUAUCAACGAUUCUGGAUUCGGACCUGAUUCUGGUGUUGGAGGAUGGUCGCGUGUUGGAGGCGGGCUCCCCCAGCGAGCUGCGCUCGCGCUCGGGAGGGCGUUUUGCCCAGCUCUUGGCCCAUCACGACGGCCCGGCGAGCUAGCUUGUCAAUCUCACUGGCUUUGC